GAUGGAAUGGACACCAGAACGCCGCAAAACACCCCAGCAAACAAUGCUCCCAUCUCCUCGCAUGCCCAGGCGCCUGGCGUCUCCAGCAUCAAGGAAGAGGACCUUGACCGCGCAGCCGCCGCUUCCAUCUUCGCCCAGAACCCGCGCCUCGUGAGCAUGAUGCACAGCAAGUUAAACUCCUUGGUGGGCAAGUCCUCUGGCUACGUCGAGUCGCUGCCUGCGCCAGUACGAAAACGCGUCGCGGGUCUGAAGGGCGUGCAGAAGGAGCACUCCAAGCUUGAAGCUCAGUUCCAAGAAGAGGUUCUCGAGCUUGAGAAGCGAUUUUUCGCCAAGUUCACUCCUCUCUACGAGAAGCGCGCCAAGAUCGUCAAUGGCGAACUUGAGCCGACCGAAGCUGAGAUCGAGGCCGGCGAGGAGGAUGAGGAAGAAGAUGAGGAAGCCGUGGCAGUAAAGUCAGAGACCGACGCGGCUACAUCAGGCGCCGACGAAAAGGGUAUCCCAGAGUUCUGGCUGAGCGCCAUGAAGAACUCUUCGCUCGCGGAGACCAUCACCCUCCGCGACGAGGAGGCCCUCAAGUUCCUGACUGACAUUCGCAUGGAGUACCUUGACCGCCCAGGUUUCCGCUUGAUCUUCGAAUUCGCCGAGAACCCAUUCUUCACCAACAAGACCCUCUCCAAGACAUACUUCUACCAAGAAGAGAACGGAUACGGUGGUGACUUCAUCUACGACCACGCCGAGGGUGACAAGAUUGACUGGAAGGCUGGCCAGGACUUGACUGUCAAGGUUGAGAGCAAGAAGCAGAGGAACAAGAACACCAAGCAGACUCGCAUUGUCAAGAAGACCAUCCCCACACCAUCAUUCUUCGACUUCUUCAACCCAGCCACACCCCCGGCAGACGACGAUGAGGAGAUUGACGAGGAGAUUGAGGCCAAGCUCGAGCUCGACUACCAGCUCGGUGAGGAUAUCAAGGAGAAGCUCAUUCCACGUGCCAUUGAUUGGUUCACUGGCGAGGCUCUUCAGUUCGAGCAGGGCCUUGACGACUUCGACGAGGAUGACUUCGAAGAUGAAGACGACGAGGACGAUGAUGAGGAUGACCGGGAUGAGGAUGAUGAGGACGAGGACGAUGAUGAGGAGGAAGGUGGCAAGCCUAAGCAGGAGGCCGCCGAGUGCAAGCAAAGCUAGACGAUGAAAGCUCUCUCGUCUGAGUGAUACCCGCCUCUGCAUCAUCGAGCAUAUACGUCUGGAAGUGCAUCUGUCACUUCAUAUUCCCAUCAUCAGCAUGAGACCGAUCAGCGAUAGACCAGCCCAACGGAGGCUUGUACAUUGACCCACAUCCUAUUCUCCUUCGACGACCACAUCAACACCCUGUCGAGGACUUCAACGACGCUCACGCUCCUUACGACCCAACAUUAUCCCGAAAGUUGUCAUUGCAUCGGCCGGCGUUGCUCUCUUUGUUGCUUAUUUGUGAUCAAUUGAUGCUUAAUUAUCAUGCGAGGAAAGCGGCAGUAGCCUGACCGAAAGUGAAAGCACGGGAAGACGGCGAAAUUACUGGAAUCGGCGCGGUACAGAGGAUAUGGAAGGGGGAGGCUAUAUGCUAGUUGUGUUUUUCUCACACCCUGCGAUGUCUGCUGCUCGGUCAACGUAUUCGAAUCCUAGCGAGGAGGUAGAUAGUGUUUGAAAGCUAUGCUUUGUGCGAUGUCUAUCUGCAGAUUCUCAAUCAAGGGCCAUGUCC